GAUACGUAUGUGUGUGCGUGAGUGUGUGCGUGCUUGUGUGAGUGUGUGUGUGAGAGUGAGUGCGUUUGAAAUUCUAUAGACACUUUUUAUUUUAAUUAUACACAUUUCAUCGUCCGUCUGUCGAUUAACAUUGACUUUACACAUCCAUGGAUUAUAACAGCGUUUUUGAUGAGUGAUGUCAUUGCCGCUCAUCAAUUCAACACGACACAGGACUUAAAUAGUUAUUUCUAAUUAGUUUACCUUCGUCAGAGCAAUGGAUUUUUAGAACAAGCGACGAGAUUUUCUUUAAACUUGAACUUUAAAACCAGAAGUGGUCCCGCACGGAGGUCUGGUGUUGUUGUUUUGGCGCUGAUGAACUCAUGAUAUUUGUUUAUUUUGGUUCCAGCACGAGUUUGUUUGCAUGGAGCUGAACAUCUCUGAACACACACAUCAUUAUUGACUGUUCUUAAAAGAGCUGAUCAAUUCAGGGCUAAUGUGUCAGAGAUGAAUCUUUAAUUUUAUGAGGUGAUAAACUGAGAACAAUCAAGGACAGGCAGAAUGCUGAAGACCCUUACUAAAAAACUCAGAAGACACUCACUAAAUGAGAUCCACCCUUUUCAACUAAAGAUUUCCUACCAUGGAAGUGAGGAAGGGUGGGAGAGUGAAGAUUCAGAAGGGGAAAACCAGGAGCUGGCACAGAUUGACAGAGAGCAUCGACGGAACUGUGCCUUGACUCCUCUCGCCACCAGCCAGCAGCACAAUCAGGGCAUUCUUUCACCUGCCCACUUACGCCGUCUCCGUUUACUUCUGGACCCCGCCCUGGAGCGCCACAGUUCAGAAGAAGAACUGGAACGCAUCGCAGGGGCCAUAGGGGCUGAAGGGGGCAGAAAGUGGCAUAGACAUGGAGACAUAAGUAGCGCUUCUAGUGAUGAGGAAGUGAAGGACCUGUGUGGGUCAAUUGAACCAGCGACUGGGACUCACUUGAGUGCCACUUCUCCGAGCCCUGUUCUCUUCAGUUCCUCUCCUCCUCGAGGGCUUAAGCCUUCCCACACACCAGCCCGCCUUCCUGUCCGGCCCAUCAUUCUCAGCCACUUUGAACAACCUUCCAUGCCUUACUGGAGGCACCGGCCCACUUACACAGGAGAACCUGGUCGCCCCAGCCUGGACCUGGAGAAAAUGCAGCAGAAAAUGCUUUUAAGAAAGAACUGUGGAGGGAAAACGAGGACUAUCAAGAUUCGGAACCCCAAUAAUGUCCAGCUGCAGACCCACACAUUUCAGGCCACACUAGAUUCAGACCACUUGAUCCAGGAUUCCAAGUGGGAGGGACUUACUGCACCAGUAGCUUGA